CCUCUCCCUGUACAAUGGUCAAGUACGCGUACAAGCCGGAAAACGCGAAGAAGUCGUGCAAGGCUCGCGGGAGCAGCCUCCGCGUCCACUUCAAGAACACCCGUGAGACCGCUCAUGCUAUCCGCGGCAUGAAGCUCGAGCGCGCGGUGGCGUACCUCAAGAACGUGAUCGCAAAGAAGGAGAUCGUUCCGUUCCGCCGCUUCACCGGUGGCCCGGGCAAGCACUCGCAGAUGAAGAACCUGAAGGCGACCAACGGUCGGUGGCCGCAGAAGUCUGCCAAGGUCAUCCUCGGCCUCCUCCAGAACGCCCAGGCCUCGGCUGAGCUUAAGGAGCUCGACACUGAGAAGCUGUUUGUCAAGCGCAUUGCCGUCCAGCAGGCGCCCAAGACCCGCCGCCGCACCUUCCGCGCCCACGGCCGCAUCAACGCCUACAUGUGCUCGCCGUGCCACGUCGAGGUUCACCUCUCGGAGGGCCACGCCGUCGUGCCCAAGCCGUCGUCCUCGGCCCUCGCCCGCAAGUGA